UCUUUCCUUCUUCUCCAUUAGCACACACAUUGAAGCACCCAUUAGCACCGCCACCACCAAACUCCACCGUCGAUCACUGCCUCACCGACGCGAGGUCGAAGGCCCCGGCGCGGCAUCCUCCUCCUCUGAAGAAGUACCUCCAGGAAGGUGCGCCCCUGAUGCGACGCCGUUGGAGUGGCCAUUGGCCAGCCCGAGGUUCACCGGGCUCCAUUCUCCCGGUAGACGGCCGGUGUUCUGCAGCACGGCGCGCGGCACUAUGUGCCAGCGGCGUGGCGCCGACGGACCAGUGGAGCUUCUCGCUCCAUUGUCGAAGACGUCCCCGAGCGCAACAGUCCGCGCGGGGAGGCGCAGCCCAAGGCUAGCGCUUGACGAGGAAACAUGAGCGGCGACAGCCUCGUGCGCCGGCGUCGGAGAUGGAAGACACGAGGAGACCGGUUGUGCAUGCUCUGCGGGCAGCACAGGCUCGGCUGCCUCCUGGACCACGUAGUGCAGUGGUGGUGACUGCGACGGAGUCACCCAUGGCCCCCAUCCGUGCACUGGGCAUGGAUGUGGUGGUGGAGGCGCCGCAAGUUUCGGUUCAACGGCGUCGACGUCCAUUGCUCCGUCCACACGCUCCAUUACUUCGUCCGCGUACAAGUUCGGAGCAGCCGGUCCGGCAAGGAUCUAGGCCGGGAGCGGCGCCGGCGCCGGUUCACGCGAAGCACCGGAAGGCCCAGCACCGUGGCGACCACGGGCGCCAUGCCUAAGACGUGGUGCACGGCGGCGGAAACCGUUCCGGCGGCCACCGAACCGGCGAAGAUCGCGGGCAUGACGGUUGUGGCGGCGAAGUCCGCCAACACCAUGACGACGGCGACGGCUCUGUCGACGUCGACCGCCAUCACGAACGAGGUGCAGGAAGAAGGAUAGGAGACCACGAGGCAUCCUCUUACCUUAUUCUUUCCUCCCUUCUUUCUUCUUUUCCGGCGACUCUCGCCGGAGUUGUUUUGCCUUUUCUCUGCUCUCGGUAGAGUUACGGGCUGAUAACGUGUUCAGAAUGAACUGUCUCUUUCAUUGA